UGUAGUUCUUCACUGUGGAUAUGGUCGGAGACUGAGGGAGGUUCAGCCACAUUCUUGCAAUCUCAGCAGGAGGCAACAGUUGGGGCAUUUCUGCAUCUCGUCUUGUAUUAGCAGUAUGUUUUUGAAGAAUAAGUCGACAGACAGACUCCCUUUUACACCAUUUCAUCAUGACUGAAGGAAUGAGGAGCUUUGGCUGCAGUGGAUACUACAUUAUGAUAAAUGCGGAAGGAAAUAUGAGGAUAGACGUUUACAGCUGUACAGACAGGAAGUGAAGCUGCUUUGCCUUCGACUCUUUUCCUUCACUGAACUGAACACUUAGAAACAGCAUGUCUGUCUCUUUUUAGCAUGUCCCACUGUGAGGACUUGUGCUUGGGCUUUGAAAAAUCAUGACAGGAUGGACAGAUAGAACAAGGCCAUAAUGAACAAUCGUGGAUUGAUAAUCCUGUCAUUUUCCACCUCAGAGGCCAUUUUGUUUUGUAAAGCAACUCAUCAUAGACCAUAAAACCACAACCUAUUUGGCAGGAACAAGCCAAAGCAGAAGUCAAUUCCUGUUGCUGUGGUGGUUCCUUUAAAUCUUUUCUCUGGAAAUUCACCCAGAGGUUUAGUCUUUCUUAACCAUGAUAUUGAGAAGAAAACUGUACUUAGGCGCUUUGCUAGGUGCUAUUUUGUUUUUAAUGAUAGCUGCUCACACCAUUCAGAAGGCCAGUGUUGUGCCCAACAUAGAUUUAUCCACUCAUCAUCAUGAUUUCAAGAACUGUAGCUGUCCAUCCUGUAUAGCAGACAAGGGUGUGUCAGGGUGGUUCGACCAACGCUAUGAUCAUAAACAGCAACCUUACCUCACCGGCAGGGACGAUGACAUAGAUCCACUUUCUCUGAAGUGGUGGUUGUCUUUGCAGGCAUCUGAUGGAGUGAAAAAGGGUGUCUUCCAGAAGAUGUUUGAGAUCAUUCCCCCUCCACAUAAGAACGAAAUGCCACAGCAGGACCAGUGCCGGAAGUGUGCGGUUGUUGGAAACUCGGGGAAUCUGUUGAAGUCCAAAUACGGAGCCUUGAUAGAUUCCCACCCAUUUGUUAUUAGAAUGAAUAGGGCAGUAACUGUGGGUUUUGAAGAGUAUGUUGGUAACCGAACCACCCAUCACUUCAUGUACCCAGAGAGUGCGAUCGAUCUGAGACCUGGUGUCCACCUCGUCCUUCUUCCCUUCAAACUGAAAGACAUUCAGUGGUUGUCCAGCGCCCUUUCCACAGGAGAGAUCAAAAUGACGUACAUGAGAGUGAAAAGUCGUGUAAAAGCUGACAAAGACAAGGUGAUGGUUGUAAAUCCAGCCUUCUUUAAAUACACACAUGACAAAUGGACAGAGCGUCAUGGAAGGUACCCGUCCACUGGGAUAGUAGCCAUUAUGUUUGCUCUGCAUCAAUGUGAUGAGGUGUCAGUGUUUGGAUAUGGGGCAGACAAGCAGGGAAGCUGGCACCACUACUGGGAGUACAACAAAUAUGCUGCCGCCUUUCGAAAGACAGGUGUCCACAAUGCUGAUUUCGAGACUUUGAUUAUUCAGAGGCUCCACAAAGAGGGCAAAAUCAAACUGUACAUGUGAGCCUGUAAUUGUGGCCUUCGUUGACUCAGUACUGCUCAAAGCCAGAACGUGCAGCAGCUGCAUGGAAGCCAAAGAGACGCAGAUCUGUGAUCCACCCUAACAUUAAUUGACCACUGUGAACUGCACUGAACCAAACCCACAGACAUCAAGCUGUAGUCCUAAGACCAACUUAACUUCUCCUGUUCUUUCAUUUGCCUUGUGCCUGAAGAAAAGAGGGAUUUUUGCCUUCCUUCCAGGCACUGAAACUUCGAAGAUGACAAACAGUAAGCAAAACAGCUUGACGUGGUCCUCCUCAUAUACUUCUUUCUUACUGCAACUGUUAUGACUAACUUUACACAGUUUCUGUACUGCAAAUGUGCAAAACUAGUUUCAUGUACAGUCAACAAAGCUGUCCGCACUACAAGAAAGAUGUUGAUCAUAAGCAGUUUUCAGGGCAACAUGAAGCAGAAUUCACAACCCAGCAACAGAAUAUUAGAUGAGAGGGGGCGGGGCUUGAUUUGAUCUAUCGGUAAUUGAUUGGAUCAUAAAAGUGGGUGUUAAAUACCAGGUUGGACCAUUUGAUGUAUGGUUGGAGAGUUUCAUGUCAGCAGAAAAGGAAAUGCAUUUCGGAGGUUAAGCAAGUUGUUAAAUUUGGAUGAAAGCUUAUGAAAACAGUUUUCUUUGAAAUAGCAUUUAAUGAUAAAUCAUGCAAAAUGAGACCAGUAUUAAAAGUAAAGUUUAACACAGAAAUAACUUUUUCUUCACAUUGGGUAACAUAGGGGUUCAAAAAAUAUUUUUUUAUAAAAUUUUUUUUAUAAUUUUCCCUAUACACUAGCUAACAUUUGAAGUGACUUUCAUUAAAGUUGUCCUAAAACCUAAACCCGAAAUGCGUUCUUGUCUUAGGACAACUUUGAUGAGCUUUUUUAAGAUCCAUUUCAAAUGUUGACUACUAUAUUUUAAACAUAUACUUUUUAAAAUCAUGCAGAUUUGGAACGACAUGAGCGUGAGAAACUGAUGACAGUAUUUGUUUCUUUUUUUGGGUGAAGUACUUCAGUUCAUUUAAAAUUUCAUUUUGACUUUUAACUUCAACCUGCAGUGCAUUAAAGCUUUUUAGAUUACAAUGUUGGGGGUUUUAAUGUUUUAAAAUGUCAAAUGAGCAAUACACACAUUUUUAGAUGCACAGUUGCACUGACAUUGCUCGAGUCACCACACGUUUCCUGUGUUGUUUUUGAAGGGGUUUUUGUUUUUCACCUUAAAAUCCUGUCGUUAUUGAACCAUACUGAAAUCAGUUAAAUAUAGCCAAACCACAUCCUGGAAGAUUUAUUUGUUACAUAGAGCUGUGAAAAUGCGUUCUAUGUUGAGAGUGAGUUGUUUGCUAUGGGAGCGUUGUUGUGUGUUACAUGUUUAAUAUCAUUCAUUAUAUACCUUUAGACCAAAGCCGUCCCUAGAGUGUUCUCUGUGGCACUCGUACAACAACCUGUCUGGUGAUUUACAGUCCUGGACAGAGCACAUGCUGUAUUUCCAUACAUCUUUGAUUCAUUAUCUUUUUUCCUGAAUUAGAAUGGAUCUCUGUAUUUUUAUAGUUGAAAUUACUAGUCGUAAAUAUAUGUUCUGUGUGCCACCCACCUUUCUAGUUUGCAUUAUUGUGAACUGUUUUAGGGAUUGAGACGAGGUAGAAACUUGAGCUGUAAUUUCAUUGUUUGUUGCCAAGUGUUAUCAAGCUGUGGGUUUUUUCUGUGACUUCUGUUCUCGAAUGUAUUUUAGCUUUGGAUUCCUUGCUUCAUGUUAAUGAUUGGCUUUCACAGUUUACAGUUACAUAUAUUCUGAACACCAUCGGGAUUGGAGAGUUAUAGUUUGGAAAAUAUUCAAAAAAGAAACUGACAUGAAAGUGUGUUUUAACAAUCUAUUUAGAAACCGAACCAAAGCAUAAACAAACAAAAUAAAAAUGAUAAUAAUUCAAUUCAAAAGUCACAGUUUAAGGGCAUCCAGGACAGUAUUAAAAAUAAAAAAAUAUUUGAUAUUGUCGCAUAAAUAAAUAAAAAAUACAAAAAAACAUACAGGCCUAUUUUUUUUAAUGAGAUACACAAUACAUAAAUAUCUCACAAUACCCCAGUUUUCCAUUCAGGUUAUUAAACAUAAAAAGCAGAGCUAAGACCACAAGUUCAACUUUUAAUACGUGAUGGUGUAUAUAUCUAAUGCAAGUAGAGAAACAGCUCACCAAUUAUAAUUGAAUAAUUUUUACAUCUCCCUGGUGGAAUUAUUUAGGAGUCCAAGAUAUUGAACAGUAACGUCAAAAAACUGUGGCCAAAUGAGUUUAUAUGGUUUUGUUUACUUGUCAUAUUCUCAAACAUGUGACUGCAGAUUUAAUAUUCCCUGGGUGUGAAAUGAUUUGCAAAAAUGUCUUCUGCCACAAGUAGUUCUCUACUCUCGAAGCACUUUAAGGAGUUAGUCCAUGUUCAAAGACCGUCCAGAUGAAUGUGAUGGUCUGACAGCAUUGUAAUGGCCAAAUUGUGUGGUGUGUGCACAUUUUGUAAGCUUCUAUGUUCAUGAUGUUUUGUGUGAACGUGUGAUUAAUCUGUGGUCUGUUUUCAAUAAACCACUUACUUAAAAUCA